AUCGACCAACAUUUUCCACGAAAAGUCUCGCCGCUCUCGCGAAAAAAAGGACGCCACCGCCCUUCCUUGCUUGCUGCUCCCCACAGCCAGGUCCAGUGCAGCAGGGGCGCCUCGCCUCGCGCGCGGACCAGUCAGUCAGCGGACCCAUGGCGGCGGAGGCGGGGAGGCGGACGCUGGCGCUGGUGAACCUGGCGGCCAUCAUGGAGCGCGCCGACGAGGCGCUGCUGCCGGCCGUGUACCGGGAGGUGGGCGACGCGCUGGGCGCCACGCCCGUCGCGCUCGGCGGGCUCACGCUCUACCGCUCCGCCGUGCAGGCCGCCUGCUACCCGCUCGCCGCCUACGCCGCCGUGCGCUACAACCGCGCCCACGUUGUCGCCGUUGGGGCGCUUCUCUGGGCCGCCGCUACCUUCCUCGUCGCCGUCUCCGGCACCUUCGCCCAGGUAGCGAUAGCUAGAGGUUUGAAUGGUAUUGGCCUAGCACUUGUCACCCCAGCAAUCCAAUCUCUAGUGGCAGAUUGCUCUGAUGACAAUACUCGAGGCGCCGCAUUUGGAUGGCUUCAACUCACGGGCAACAUCGGUUCAAUUAUUGGUGGAUUGUUUUCCCUGAUGCUAGCAUCAACCACAGUCAUGGGUAUUGCCGGUUGGCGCGUAGCAUUUCACAUUGUUGCUCUUAUAAGUGUUGUAGUCGGUGUGUUGGUUGGCCUAUUCGCAGUGGACCCUCAUUUCCUCCAUGUUCAAAGUGGCGAGCAGCUGUUGGGCAAGUCUGCAUGGGCAGAGAUGAAGGAUUUACUGAGAGAAGCCAAGGCUGUUGUAAAAAUCUCAUCAUUUCAGAUCAUUGUGGCUCAGGGUGUCACAGGCUCGUUUCCAUGGUCUGCCCUGGCCUUUGCCCCGAUGUGGUUGGAGUUGAUGGGGUUUACACAUAACAAAACUGGACUCCUCAUAACAACAUUUGCACUGGCAAGCUCACUUGGAGGGCUAUUAGGUGGAAAGAUGGGGGAUCACUUUGCUACUCGCUUCCCAGAUUCUGGUCGAAUAGUCCUGUCACAGAUAAGCUCGGCUUCUGCUAUUCCACUGGCUGCUCUAUUGCUUUUGGGGCUCCCUGAUAACUCUUCUUCUGGUUUCUUGCAUGGACUUGUCAUGUUUAUUAUGGGGCUGAGCAUCUCCUGGAACGGUCCUGCAACUAACAACCCGAUAUUUGCUGAGAUUGUACCUGAGAGGUCAAGAACAAGUAUCUAUGCAUUGGACCGUUCUUUUGAGUCAGUUUUAGCUUCAUUUGCUCCACCAGUUGUUGGGUUUCUAGCUGAGCAUGUUUAUGGCUACAAUCCCAUCUCCUAUGGAGCUGCAGAUAACAAUGUUGGCAGGGAUAAAUCAAAUGCUGAUGCCCUAGCCAAAGCUCUAUACACGUCGAUCGCCAUACCCAUGCUGCUUUGCUGCUUCAUCUACUCCCUGUUGUACCGGACAUACCCACGCGACAGGGAGAGGGCAAGGAUGGACACUCUGAUCACUUCAGAGCUCCAGCAGAUUGAACUGGAAAGAUGUCAUGGGAUAGGGGGUCAUUAUUCUGGAAGGAAGGAUGACGCCACUGUGAUCGAUAUGGAGUACAGCGAGGAAGAUUUUGAUGCCGAUGAUGAUGAAAAGGGUCUGAUGGAUCAGCAGGCUAAGCAGAGUGGCAGUGUCAAGUGGAACGGGAGUGAUUCACAAAAUUUGUGACGUUUUUGCGAAAGUAAUAGUGUCUCUCGGAUCUGUACAGAAAAUACAUGAUAUAUGGGCGAGUGAGAGUGAGUUACCUUUUGAAGGACGAUUAUUGCAUAGGGUUGUUUAGGAGUGUGCUUACAUAGACUCGUAGUUCAGAAGCAUCAGAACCCGUCAGUUAUUUUCUGCAGUAUAUAGUAAUAGUGUAAACCUUGGUGAAUAUAUCUACAGCAAUAGACUAAAGCAGAAACACUAAAAUAAUUUACGUGA